AUGGUGACCUUAACCGACGUCCAGUCCUCGAAUGCCCAAAUCGCAACUGCCCUUCCACCGGGUUUAGUCGCAGUCUUCGUCGGCGCAACGAAUGGCAUCGGUGAAACUUCCUUGCGAGAAUUCGCACGCCAUGCGAAUCAGCCCCGGGUCUACUUUGUCGGCCGCUCGCAAGAAGCCGGUGAUCGAAUUGCUGCUGAAUGUCACGAGUUGAACCCCGAGGGCGAGUUCACCUUCAUCAAGGCGGAUGUUAGCCUGCUUAAAUCCGUCGACGAGGUGUGUCGCGAGAUUACGAGGAAAGAGAAAUGCAUCAAUUUGGUAUUCUUGACUUGUGGCUCGGCACUUUCACACGUUGACACCAGCGAAGGCCUCCACAUCUUCAUGGCCCUAGCAUACUACGCCCGAGCACGUUUCAUCCUCAACCUCCUCCCUCUACUUCGUCAAGCCCCCAGCCUACGAAGAGUCGUCACCGUGCUGGCCGCCGGCCACGAAGGCCCCAUCUAUGCAGACGACUUCCAAAGCCGAAACGUGCCCCUCCGCCACGUACGAGGCCACAACGUCUCCAUGACAGACUUAAUGCUCGAACACAUGGCCUCGCUCGCCCCCGAAGUAAGCUUCAUCCACGACUACCCGGGCCCCGUGAAAUCAGGCUUUGGUCGAGAAACCAAUAGCGUGUUGAUGAAGGUUGCGAUUACGAUUUUCAAGAUCGUGGGACCGCUGGUUUAUAUCCCGCUUCGGGAAUCUGGGGAACGGCAUUUGUUCUUUGCGACUAGCGCGAGGUAUCCACCCCGGUCGGGCAGUGAGGCUGCUGGGGUGCCGGUGUCUGGCGAUGUGGUUGUGUCGGGAGGUACGAGUGGGGACGUGGGUAGUGGUGUUUAUGCGGUGAAUUGGGAUGGAGAGAGUGCCGGGGCCAAGUCGUUGCAGGUAUUGGCGAAGAUGCGUGGGGAGGGGAUGGUGGCGCGAUUGUGGCAGGAUACGAUGGCGGAGUUUAAGAGGGUUACGGGGGUGGAAAGCUUGGCUAAAUGA